UCGGAGUCAAGUAAUACAAAAUUCUUCAGCAGUUCAAUAGAAAUUAAAAAUAGCUAUUCCCAGCAUGAGCUACCAUGUUACCAGCAUCAUAAUAUAGAUACUUCCAGUAGCAUUCAAGAGAAAUAUACAUGGUGUCCACCUUCAUCACUCAGACUUCUUGAAGGUGGAGUUGACAGUUCCCAGGAUUGUGACCCUGAAAUUUGGGAUGAUCUACCAUUCUCUGAAAGCCUGAACAAGUUUCUGGCAGUUAUUGAAAGUGAGAUUGCUGUAACUCAGACAGAUGCCAGUAGUAGGGAACAUCAUGUAGAUAAUGACCUCGAUAAACUUCAUACAGACUGUAGCAGGUUGUCUAUGACUCCCCAGAGAACCGCUGGAGCCAUGUGUACACCACCUGUAGCUAAGAGAUCAUCACAGGCAACAGUCAAAGCAAGCUCUAGCAAAGAUAACUUCCUUUCCAACUGUAAAGCAAAUCCAGGGCCUAGUAUUCAAAAUAAAUCACAAUCAGAUAACACAUCAGAGGCUGUCUCUAUAAGUAGUAAUAGAGGAGAUAUUUUAGAAUGUUUUCAGCCAAACACUUACCUGUCAGCUCUGUUCUCAUCUUCGAAAAAUUUCAAAACAACAGUUACUCUUAAGGAGACUAUCAAAAUUCCACCACAUACGAAUGAAAUUUCACUUAAGCCCAGUGCUUCAGAGAGAGACCAUUCUUAUUUCAAUUUGAAAUAUUUUAAUGGGCAUGGAGAAAAAUCACUUCCAAAAAUGAAUGAAGAGUUGAGAAUUUUGUGUUCUAGGAAGUAUAGUGAUUUUUCUGAUCUUUGCACAUUAGAGAACAAACAAUAUUACAGGUGGCCAAAGAAUCAAGGUGAGAGUUUUACAAUUUGCAAGAAGCUUACAUAUCCUUUAGAAACU